AUGGGCAGGGCCAGGCCUGAGCUGCCGCCGCGCCAACCGCCGCGGCCUACUCCGCCGCGCCCGUUGCGCCCCGCUCGGCCGGCGCUGCCCGUCGAGGCCACCACCUUCCCAGCCGCGGCCUCCGAGCGGCCCCUGUCGCCGGCGGCCCAGGCCAUAGCCGCCAUCGCCGCGGUGGCCUCGUCGUGCGGGGAGGCCGCGGUGGCGGGAGCACAGACAGGGGCGCGGCGCCUGCUGCAGGUGAAGCCGGAGCAGGUGCUGGUGCUGCCACCCGGGCCUCUGUUACCGCAGGCCGCUGAGGAGGAUGCCGCGGCUGCGUCGUCUGCGCAAGCGCUCCUGCUGCAGCUGAGGCCCGAGCUGUUGCUAUUGCCUCCUGCGGCCGGCGGCUGUGCCUGCGGGCCCGAGCUGCGCCCUAUGCAUCCGGGGCCACUGCACAUCAAGGUGGAGAAGCAGGAGCUGGCGGCCGGCCUGGACCUGUCGGUGGGACCUCGGAGGGGCGUAGAUGCCAGCCCGAGGCCCUCCAGUGCCGCCAAGGUGGAUGGCGCCGGGAAGGCCUUCGAUGGCCGCCGAGGAGACGAGAAGGCCAAAGUGGAGGCCGAAGAGGUGAUGAGGGGUGUGCUGAAGGGCGGGGAAGGCCAGAGCCUGGCCAUCAGAGAAGUCGUCAUCAAGACGGAGAAGCCGGACCCAUUCCAUGAGGACUGCAGGCUGGGCGCGGAGGCUGCGUCCAACGGCCUGCUCCAUGGCAGCAAGGAGGCCAUCCUGGGCCAGCCGCCCAUCACUUUGGGGGCACACCAGCAAGACCUCAGGUUCCCUUUGACUCUGCACACCGUCCCUCUUGGGGCCCGGAUCCAGUUCCAAGGGCCGCCGCCUUCGGAGCCGAUCCGGCUGUCGAAGGUCCCCCUGACACCGGUGCCCAUUAAGAUGCAGUCCUUACUGGAGCCUUCUGUAAAAAUCGAAACCAAAGAUGUCCCGCUCACGGUGCUUCCCUCAGACGCAGGAAUACCUGACACUCCCUUCAGUAAGGACAGAAAUGGUCAUGUGAAGCGACCCAUGAAUGCAUUUAUGGUUUGGGCAAGAAUCCACCGACCGGCACUAGCCAAAGCUAACCCAGCCGCCAACAAUGCAGAAAUCAGUGUCCAGCUUGGGUUAGAGUGGAACAAACUCAGUGAAGAACAAAAGAAACCCUAUUAUGAUGAAGCACAGAAGAUUAAAGAAAAACACAGAGAGGAAUUUCCUGGUUGGGUUUAUCAGCCUCGUCCAGGGAAACGAAAACGCUUCCCUCUAACUGUUUCCAAUGUAUUUUCUGGUACCACACAGAAUAUUAUUUCUACAAAUCCUACAACAAUUUAUCCUUAUCGCUCACCUACCUACUCUGUGGUAAUUCCUGGCCUUCAAAACACCAUCACUCAUCCAGUUGGUGAAGCCGCAUCUGCCAUCCAGCUGCCCACGCCUGCAGUCCAGCGCCUAAGCCCCAUCACACUUUUCCAGCCCAGCGUCUCCAGUACUGGCCCAGUGGCUGUCCCACCUCCAAGUCUGACACCCCACCCAGCACUCCUACCCCAAGGCUUUCCUGGGCCUUCCCAAACUGACAUUCAUAGGCUCCCUUCCAGAGCCAGUGGCUCUUUGAAGAGACCCACUCCGGUGUCUCUGGAGAGCACCAGCAGGAUUCCAGCUCGCGCAAGUACUGCCCAUGCCAGAUUUACAGCCUCGCCUGUCCAGCCACCCAAGGAGUGUUCCAGCGUUUCCACUUGUCCCCGAAGCACACCACUUCCUCCUGCUACUCCCAUUCCACACUCACAUGUCUACCAGCCCCCGCCCCUUGGCCCUCCUGUCACACUGUUUGGAACACCACCUCGAUUCUCAUUUCAUCACCCUUACUUCCUCCCUGGACCUCACUACUUCCCAUCAAGCACGUGCCCUUAUAGUCGGCCUCCUUUUGGCUAUGGAAACUUUCCAAGUUCAAUGCCAGAAUGUCUUGGUUAUUAUGAAGACAGGUACCAGCAUGAGGCUGUAUUUUCUGCUUUAAAUAGAGACUAUCUUUUCAGAGACUACCCAGAUGAGCACACACACAGGGAAGACUCGCGGAGCUGUGAGAUCAUGGAUGGGUCUCCUUACUGCAACAGUCACGGCCACAGUGGGGAGCAGUACUUGAACCCCAUGUCCCCACUGGACAUUGGAACCCUGGAGAACGUCUUCACAGCCCCAGCAUCAGCUCCCUCUGGCCUUCAGCAAGUCAAUGUCACUGACAGUGAUGAGGAAGAAGAAGAAAAAGUGCUCAGGAAUUUAUAAUUUAAAACAAAUAUGCACAGAAAAUAAAUAUUUCUUAAAAUAUA